AUGAAGACAUUUUACUUUUUACAUUUCUUUUCAUUUUUAGAGACCAUACACACUUAAUAUCUCACAUCUGUUGAUUCUUUCUUUUAAACAAAGGAAACAAUCUUAGCACUAAACGGGGAGAUUACAAACGAUUUUGGGAUAGUUUUUGGAAUUUGGUCUAAGUACAAUCCCUUAAACAAAAUAUCAUAAGGAGGGAUUAUCGGAGUGAUGGAUAGCAAUUGUUUUCAUUAAAUGAAUUUUAUGAGGGAAUCUUUCGGAUAAUUAGAAUUAUUAUAUUACGAUUGUCUUUACCCUGAAAGCUAAACAAUUAAGAAAAUUCUAGCCUACAAUACUGCAGAAGGAUUGUAACAUGUCUAUAAAGUGGAGAUUGACACAUUCGAGUAUGAGAAUGUUUGGUAUUUAUUUGAAUUACUUUAUUCACCAUCUGCUAAUAAGCUUGAAGUAAUCAUGGUAAAAGAAGAUCAAUUUGUAUUACAUAAAUUGUUAGAUGUGAACAUAAUCAAAACAGAAAACUUAAUCUUAACGAUUGGAAGUGAUCUUAUUGUACAAAAUUCAAAUAUAGAAUCUAUAGAGGUCGGAUCAAGAUUUUCAUAUUUUCCAGGGUAAAUAAAAUUACUAAAGGUAAAUCAGAAAAUUAUUACAAAAUUAGACCCUUAAAUAUUGGGAAAAGCAGUGUAUGUAUUAUUUUUUGAUACAAUAUCUGAAUAAUAGUGCAAAUAAAAUAAUUAAUAUUCUCUUUUAGAUCAAGAUAUAACUUGGUUGGAUAAAAAGAUUUUUCUCUCCUAAAACGUAAACAUUAAUUCAUUUACAUUUUCUGGUUGGUAUAAAAUCAAAGAAAUUCAUUAAUUUGAUGAUAAGUUUACUUUUUAAUUUUUGAGGAUAAUGCCAAAUUUUGAAAAUGAUUAAUUCUCUAAUCCUAAUUUAUCACCCUUUUAAUUAUUCUAUAAAAUAUCUUCUAAUAGUAAUAAAAUUUUAAUCACUACUUAUAGUUAUAAAUUUCCCUCUAUUACCUUAGAUUUUACUAAUAUCGAUAAUGCUUUUAUUAUUUCAAAAGAAUUCGAAAUAUUACAUAAAUUUACUUUUUGGCAUUACUUACUAGUUAAAUUAGUAGAUGAUUAAAUCUUUAUUUCUAUUACAUUUUAUGAUUCGCCUGUUAUUUAUGAAUAUUCUGAUUUUUAUAAAGUAAAACAAUUCCACAACAUAUAAUUUAAAUUGCUUUAAGGAAAUUUAGAAAAUUCUGCUUUAAAUUACAUUAAUAUAUAAACAAGAAAUUAAUAUUUUUAUAAUUGUUAAUUUUAAAUAGAACAGCAAAAGUGUCAUUAUAGUUGUAAAGAAUGUGAUGGUCCAACAGAAACAGAUUGUUUAUCAUGCCCUGAAGAAUCUUCAAGAAUAUAUCAAUCAUAAUAUAAAUCAUGCAUAUGCCCUCAUUAAUAUUAUGAUGAUAAAGUUAAUUAGAAUUGUAAAUCUUAUAGUGAUUUAUUACUAAUAAUAAAUGAAAUGCAAAUAGAAAAUGGAUGCAAAUUUGGUUAUUUUGAAUUCGAUGAUUCAUGUUAGGCAUGCCCUUCUAUAAUAUCUAAUUCAUUAACAACAUGUCUAGAGUGCAUCUAAAAUGUAAAGGGAUGGAAGCAAAAUUCAUAUUGUUAAACUACUCUUUACAUAAAUUCAAAUGGAUAUACAGUAAAAACUAUAUCUGAAGAGGAUUAUAAUUACUAUGUUUUUGAUGGAUCGGAAUUUUCAAUUUGUAGAUUUUGCGAUUAAUCAUCCUUGUCAAAUCUUGAUAAUUUAUACCAAGACUUUAAUUUUUUAACUUCAAAAUUUAUGUUAUUUUGUAAAUUUAACAACAACAUUUUUGAUACAUCAUUUAUCAAUGAUAUUUGCUUUGAAUGUAAUUUACCUAAUUGUCGUAUUUGUUCCUUAGAAAUAACACAUAUUAGAUGUAUUUAAUGCAAAAUUUCUUUUAACUUAAUAAAUGGAAUCUGUACAAAUAAAUUUGAAGUUCAAAAAAAUAAUAGUUGCAUUCCUCCUUUAUACAAAAAUUCUAAUGGAGAAUGCAAACGAUGCAUACUUGCAAAUUGUAAAUAUUGUUUUGAAUUUAAUAAAAUCGACUUAUAAAAAUCCACUUUGCAUGCAGGCUUUAAUAAAUUUGAUUCAGAUGAAAAUCUAGCUCUUGGAUGUGCACUUUGUGAAGAAAAUUUUAUUUAUGAUUUUAUUAUUGGAGAAUGUAUUUAGAAAUAAUCAUCUUUGCCUAACUGCAUAAGAUCUUUUAUUAAUCUAGAAAAUUAAGAAAUAUGCACUUUAUCAUCAACUGAUUUUAAUAUUGCACCAGAAAUAAUUAAUUGUAAUAAGUUUAUCUAAAACUGUUUAUAAUGUCUUUUGACUCCACAAUCUGUAAUCAAAUGUAUCAUUUGUUAAAGUGGAUUUACUAGUUCCAUAAAUCUAGGAAAUUGUUAUCCAAAUUCAUUUGCUGAUGCAAAGGUAGUGAUUGAGGGGUAGACAUAAAAUUUUGAUGCUUGGGUUUAGAGAGUUUAAAGUUUUAUGAUGAAAUUUCUACCAAAUUAGUAUUUUUAUUUAAGACCAUAUGAUGAAUAAACUCUUUUAUAAUUUUAAGUUGAAUGUAAGGAAGGAUACAAGUUAAAUUUUUAAUAGGAUUGUAAAAAAUAUUGCACUUCUGAUUGUUUGGAAUGUCUAUAAUCAAUUAAUUCUGAUUAUUUUACUUGUGCAAAAUGCCCAUUAAAUUAAUACUAUUAACCCAUUCUUAGUGAAGCAGAUGGCUAAUGCUUAGAAUGUGCUGAAUUGUGUGAAGUUUGUGAAAGACGAUCCGAAGCAGAAAUUUAUAAACUAAAUCCAAACUUUAAGAUUAAUGAGAUAAAUAGAAAAUAUACAAAUAAAUGUAUCAGAAAAAUUUCAAACCCAAACGUACUUAUCGAUCCAUAACUUUUAAUUCCUAAAUAUUGUUUUGUUUUAAUUUGUAAUUAAGAAAUGAUUAUUGAGUUAGCUAAUUAUUUUGAUGUCGAUACUUAGAUUAAUGUCUAAUAUUGUAAUUAAAUAGGAAUCAACAACAUAUCUAUACUAUUUAUUUAUAAAAAUGAUAUUGACUAUAAUAACAGAGUUCUAUGUAAAACAGAAUUGAAAACAAAAAUUUUUAGUUUAAGAGUUAUCAAGCUUGUAUUAACUUUUUCUGAAAAUAAUUUUAAUUCUGUUAAUUUAUCUGGCUUUGACUAGAUAGAAAUAAAUGAUGCACAUUUCCUAUUCAAAACUCAAGAUCAUAUUUAAUUUGAAAAUAAAUAGUAGCCAGUACUUUUAUUUUUAAAAAAGAUUAUAAUUAAUUAAAGUUCAAUUUCAAAUGUAAAUUCGGUUUUCGAUUCAGAUUUAUUUGGAGAUAUCACUUUGAAGGAUAUAUUAAUAAUUGAUUCAAAUUUUAAUAAUUCUUCAUUUUUCAAUCUUAAAUAUAUUUCAGGAAUUAUUAAAAUUGAGAAAAUGAUUAUCAAAUAAUGCAACUUUACAAAUUCAUCAUUUUUUUAAUUAUUUAACAAUCAUAUCAAGAAUGUUUAAAAUAGAAAAAUUAAGAGAAUUAAUGAAAUGGCAACUUUGGUAAAUUCAUUCGUUUAUCACUUUUUUUCAACAUAAUCCACCUCUGAAAUGUUAAUUUGA